GUUUGUAUCUUAAAUUUCAUACUUUCUUCCUUUUUUAAUUUAUCAUCUGUACUGAGCAUAGACUUUUUGUGUUGAGUCAAUCAACGGAACUUCUUGAAGUUUUACUGCUUCAACGCACCUCCAAAAUGUUCUUCCACGUUAGUUUCGCUUUGGUUUUACUCUCCAGCAGUGCUUUAACACCGAGGGGUCAGGAGCAGAAGAGGAACAGAAUGUGUGUGUUGGACAUCGAUGAAAAAGGCGACCUUUACCUUUACAAGUUUGCACUACUCUGCAAGAACGAGAUCAUCAAGCGACUGAUCAAUGGAUCUUUUCACCUUGCAGAAUCGAGUUACCGACCGAGUACAAUAGGACAAGGCAAAGCAAACCCAGCUUUGAAUUGCAAGGACUUGAAACACAAAGCGCCAUCACUCGCGUCAGACGUCUAUUGGAUAGAUCCAGAUGGUGGUUCCCAUGGUAAUGCAUUCCAGGCCUACUGCGACCAACAGACGGACGGUGGGGGCUGGACACUAGUUUGGAGCUACACCUUUACAGCUUACUACAGUUUCACGAGUAGCUCAAACGCUGUCACGCCGCGUCCAAGCUGGCUAGGUUAUUUUGCUAACACUCGAUUGUCUACAACAGUUCCUUUGAAUGAGACAGAUUACCAGGCCAUGAACUUUUCUUUGUGGCGCACCAUUGGCAAAGAAUUCCUGAUCAAGAGCAACAUCAACAACUGGAUCGCAUGCAAGAAUGGCACUGGCAACUUGGUGCAACAGAAGACGGGGUCAAUCACUUGUAAACUGGUUAAACAGGUUUCUAAUCAGUGUGCUGGAGUGGUGCCAACAUCAUUUCGUUCACUGUACACCGGACCGGUCCUCCAAGCAAGCAGCUACUACUAUUUCUUUGAUGGUAGCACACAAUAUUAUUACCCUACCCAUGAUCCAUGUGGAAGAAACCAAGCAAAUCAGUUAAAAGGUGUGGCUAAUCCACACGGAAACAUUUUCGUUCGUUAAAAGUUCAGUCCUCGUUAAGUUUGAUAUAAAGGUCAGUUUUCCAAUGCAUACUUAAUUAAGGGUUUUUUUGGGUUAUUUAGGUGCAUGUUACUGUGGUAGACAAGACAUAAUUCAAUGUAUGCAAUUCACUUUAAAAAAGAAAUAGCUAAGUAGAAGAGCAAUUUUUCAUGCAUGUCAAUUUUAACCAAAGUUAAAAAUGUGACAUUUGACACGUUUCAUUAUAUUAUAGAAAGCGGCUAAAAAAUUCAAUAAAUAUGUGGUUUUAUGUUUACGGGAAA